AAUUUUUCUUCUCGCAGGAUACAACCAAAUUCAUGAAGGCUCAUUUGGAACAUACCGAGGUUCACACGCACUACGAAGAGAAAAAAGAAAUUAUCACAGAAAGAACUGAAGUAGAAGAAAUCGUUGAGGAAGAAAUUGCACGCAGAGCUGCACAGGCCCCUGAAAAACAACCGACUACUACAACCACACAAUACAGUGAAAAAGUACAGAUCACAGAAAUUCCCGUUGACGAAACUGAUUCUGUAACUGAAUCAUUCGCAAUUGUAACACAACCCAAAGACAUCGGCAAGUUAACAGAGAAAUUAGACGAAAAUGAAGAGAUCAUAAUUGUCGAUGAAACAAAACUUAAGAAACGUCGCAAAACAAAGAAGAAAAUUACCGGUGAAGAAGAUAAAGAAGAAGAAAUUGUUUCGGUUAUCGAAAAAACAAUCAAAUCCCACAAGCCUAUACAAUCCGAAAGUAAAAUACAUGAAGAAAAGACUGACGAUAUAGCACCUCUUGAAGUUCCUUUCGAAAAAGAAACCUUGCUUCAAACUCCAUCUAGCAUUUGUGAAACGUAUCCAUUAGGUCAGACUGCAGAAAUAUCUAUUACAAAAGGGUCACAAGAAAAGGCAGUUCCGAAUCUGCUUCCCCAUACAACAUUCUUGCAAGAGCAAACAACGGCAGAAGAGAAAGAGCUCUACCACGAAAAAUUCGCCCCAACCAUGGCAAUUGCAAAGCCUUCCAUUAAGCCUUCUGAAGGUUUUCAAGUUACUGAACAAAGUUCAGAAGUAUCGCCGGAAUCAUUUGAAACCGUUUACAAACCUACAACUGGUACAGCAAAUCUAGACUAUGUUCAAAACGAAAGUAUAACUGUGAAGCAAGUUCUUGAUGUUCAUACCGUAAAAGGAUUAGAAACUAUGGAUGUAAAAGAUGUUACAGCAUCUGUUUUAAUCGACUUACUUGAAGCCACAAAUAUCACAGAAACUGAAACUGCAGAAGACGAAACCGAUUUUGUAGGAAAAGAAAAACCGAAAACAGCUCAAGCUAAGAAAACUAUACCUACCAAAGAGAGUUUGAUAGUAACCGAAACGCAGGAAAAUACAAUGGAGUCAGAGUUUGUUGACCAACUAAGAAUAGUACCGGUGAGUCCAAAAAUCAACGUCGAUACGAUGGAAUCGUUGACUGUGAGUGAAGUGACCACCGAAAUUAAACCAGAAAAGCAUUUGCCCGAAUCAUUUGUGGCAACAGAAGUGGCAAAAGAAACAGUUCUACCUCAAAAGCAACUAACAAACACAGAAAUGUACGCACCAGAGCUACCUGGAGAAUACCUUCCGGACCGUUUACCUCCUUCUCAAAAAGCAGACUUGAAUGUUGCUGCCAAGGAAAGCGUGUCGAUAGAACAAACGCAUCCUCACGAAAAAGAAACCUUUUUCGACACGAAAGAUAAACCCGAUAGUGUAUCUGCAACAGAAAAUAUAAUAACACAUAAGAGUGUUGUGAUAACUACUACAGACACACAACAACCCCACGAAAAAAUUCCUGAUGAUACAACAACUUCUCAGAAAGCAAUAGUUGAAUAUGAUACUAAUGAAUCGCUAUUAACCUCAAGUGUUGUACUUGGGGAAAGUGAAAAAGAGUAUACACCUGGUUUAUUACCAGAUACAAACAUUGCGGAUAGUUCCAUAAGCUGUCUUACUGUAUCAAGCGUACAAGAUGUUUCCGUUCAAGAAAAGGAAUCUGAACUCGAAGCGCCAAAAGCUCCUUCUAUGGUUCUCGCAGAACGUAAAAUCAAUACAAAAGAUUAUCUGUCGGUAUCAGAAAUUGAAACUGGAGACCUGCCAUCCGAACUAACUGAUACAUUGAAAUUUAAAACAGACCAAGCAACUUCGGAUAUUGCCACAGAAGUAGCAAAAGAAAUCACUGAAACCCAAACUCACGAGAAAGAAGACGAUUAUUCAUCCGUUCAACCAAUUCCUAAAUCUGUGGAACUCACUUACAGUGGCACACACGAAAUAAUAAGUGUCACUGAACAAAAAACAAUGGAAAGUGAAGAUUACUUUAAAACUGAAAUAUUUCCUGAAACUCACACGAGUACAGAAGCUUCUACACAUUUUCUUCCAACUACUGUCAAAGAAGAAAUUAUAUUGCAAAGCAGCUCGGAAGACCUUAAGCUGGUGUCUCCUUCAUCUGACACUGCAAAACUACAGCAGGAUACAACACACGGAAUAUCAAUAACUGAAAUUCUGUCAAACGACGCACCUGAUAACUUCGUACCUGAUGUGACACCGAAAAGUCAACAAAUCACUAUAACCAUGGAACAUAUGGAAGGAAUUAAAGUUGCUGAUAAUCAAGCGGCUGAAAAAGAGGGAAAGUUUGAUGCCGGACAAAUUCCGUGUCAAUUUGUGGCACAACCGGAGGUCGAAGUACAAAAUGCAGCAAUUACCUUUGAGGCAGAAACGAACGUUUCUCCUGAAUCAAUUACGGAAGAAAAGCCUACAGAAAGUGUUGCUGCUGUUAGCCAUGACCUUUUGGGAUAUAUUGAAGUACAAGAAACUGAAACUGCUGAUAAAGAACAUGAAACUGCUAAACCAAAACAACCAGACGCUCAAAAGGCUAACGUAGAUCUAGAAGAAGCCUCCACGGAAAUAACAGUACUUCAACCAAUGAUUAAUGAAAAGGAAAGCGAAAUGGUAAUAGAACAAACUUCCGGAGUCAUAGCUGACAGAUCCAUAUCAAAACACAGAGUACCCCUGCAAGCCGAAACAGAAAUUCUCAUCCAUGCUGAGGAAUUAGAUGACGAAGGUCCGAUAACUGGUAGAGCGAAAAAAUAUGCCCGCCCGUUUACAGAACUUAUAAUAACGGAAUCUAUAGCAACUGAUGUGGAAAAAGUAUUGCCAAAAGACAUAUUCCCAUAUGAGAAAACAGCUAAACAAGAUUUUAGACCUGCUUUAGGUAUAUCUGUCACAGAAACCACAACAGAAGAUAAAGAAGAAGCACUAUCAGAACACACGGUGCCACAAAGUCAACAAGCAGAUUUAACUGUGUCUGGUAAUACUGUGGCCUUGCAAGAAGAAACUAUGCACAAUAUAUCUGAAGGAGAACUUGCAAAAAUUGCACCCAAAACUGACACUGCAGAAAUAAGGCAAGACGUUUCUCAUUCCGUUAUUCAAACUGAUGCAGUACCCGGUGAAACUUCAGGUGUUCAUGAUAAGUUUAUUUCCCCUGAAACUAAAAAGAGCACUGUCAAUUUUGAAGAAGGAGAAGGAAUAAGUGUUUUACAAAUUCAGGAAAUGAAUAAAGAGAAGCCAUUUUCUGAGCUGCAAGCACCGCAGGAAGCGCAUGGAUCUAUCGAUAUUAUACCUCACACGAUAGCGGUACAAUCAGUAACAACAACUAAUAUCACAACAACGGACAUGGAUCUCACAAAACCAGAUGCUACAGCAACCGCCCUUCCGAAUGCAGAAAUGCUACAAGGCCUUAUUUUAAGUGAAUCAAUAGCAGGCGAAAAGGAAGGCAUAUUCGAAAGUGCAGUUCCGGAAUUAAGAAGUGCUCAUGCUGAUUUCAAUUACAAAGAAAGCAUUUCUGUAAGCAGUAUUGUAGCUAGCGACACAGAGAAACCAUUUAAACCGGAUGAAAUCAGUGAGGGUCAUACAGCUACAGUUGAUGUGACUGGUCAACCCACAGCAGAAAGCACAGAAACGUACACUGACGACACCGUUGCAAAUUUAACAAUUGAACAACGCCCAGAAGGGAAAGCAUCGCAAGAACAAACCGAAUUGCAGAGUUUAAUUCAAACGAUUACUACAAUUGGCGAAAGUGAAAUAACACUAGAUGACGUCCAGCAUCCAAGUGAGAAAGUAGCUCACCCUCAAUUUUCAGAGAGUUAUAUACCGUCUGUUCAGGAAACUACGGCAGCCGAAAAAGAAAAUAUCUUUGAAAAAGAUUUCAAACCAGACCAACAACAAGCCCAACCAUAUCUAGAUUUACAAGAGCACGUCGAAAGGACAGAAAUUCACAUCAGUGAUACGAUAAAAGACUUGACGUUAGAAGUGACUGACAAACCACAAGCGUUUGUUGAUCAUCAGUUCUAUGAAAGUAUUCUUCAAAGUCAACCGAUCAUUGGUGAAAAAGAAUCGACAUUUGCGGAUACACCUUUCGAUAAGAAGACUGCAUCAUUUACAAUUGACGAACACAAAAGCGUUGAAGUUCUAGAAGUUACUGAAGGAGGAAAGGAGGCUGCAUACGAUAAAGAACAAGUGCCGCAAUUACAAUCUGCACACAUGGCAAUCGAUGAAUUAGAAAGUAUAGAAAAAGCGGAAGUUCUGCCUCACGAAUCUGUAACGGAUGUAACGUCUGAAAAACCAACUAGCGUUCAGGCGCAAUAUUCCCAUUCUCUUCUCCAACCCAUCGUACAUUCAGAAACGACAGCGUCAGAAAACGAGUCACCCCUUAACAUACAGUCAACAGACCUCAAAACUGCAACUGCAGCGGUCGACGAAGACUUAAGUGUAAUCGUAAAGUCGAUUGUAUUAGGAUUUAAAGAAGCCGACUUAUCUCCAGAAACUUUACCCGACAGUCAAAGGGUAAAUGUUGAUCUCACAGAAAGUAAACCGCUUGCAUCUCAGAGCAUAACAUUAACUGAAAGUGUUCCCGAAGUUCUCAAACUUGACGAGAACGUUGAAGCACUUGCAUCAAUCGAAACAUGUCCACACAUCUCCGUCGUAUCAAGUGAAACAUUGGCAACUGAAAGUGAACAAAUCUUGGUUAAAGAUGAACUCGAAAAUUUAAAGCAGGCAGAACGCAACAUUGAAUCCCUUACUGCGCUUUCCGUUUCACAUGUUCUCUCGAACGAAAUAGAACAACCCUACAAACAUUCGGAUAUCACAGAAGGCAAAAAUGCAACAUUAGUUAUUGAUGCUCAUCAUCAAAGUGCUGUACAAGAAGAAACACAAAUUUCAUUUUCUCCUUCUGAUUUAAACAAAUUUUCACCGGAAUCAAAGACUGCCAUUUUAAGUCAAGAUGAGCAAACAAGCUUGAUCGUUCAACAAGAAAAUACUCUGGAAGCAGAAGGUGAAUUUAAAGACAGUAUAACCGCGCCUCAAUUUAAACCUACAGUUGCAAUGGAAGAGGUUCACCCAACUCAAAAUGUCACAGAGACGUAUCCUCAUGAAAAAGAGAAGAGUCUGGACGCUGAAGAAGCCAAACAUACAUCUACGGCUACGAUGGAUAUCGACGUAUUAGGAGUAGCUGACAAUUCAGAAAUAUUUGGCAUAUAUUCGCCUCAAGCGGCAGACUAUAAAACCCCAGACCAAUUCCAAGCCCACGCAACACAAACACCGCACGAAGCAUUAGUUCAAUCAGAGGUUUGUAUUGGUGAGAAAGAACAAGAACACGUACCGUCCACUCAACAAACUGAUAAAACUGCAAUCAUAAAAGUAGAAGAAAACGUACCUCUCGUAACUUCCGAGAUCACAACUACUGAGAAGGAAAGCGUCUUAGUGGAAGAGAUGUUACCGACAGGCGAUGUAGCAACUUACAAUAUUUCAGGAAGAAUAAUUGCCGAAACAGCCGAAGUUUUAGUAAACGAGCUCAGCUCCAAAAUGGCAGAUAAGGCCGGGCAUAAACCGGAAAAUGCCCAAUUAUCAUUCACAGAAGAAAAAAGUACACACAUAACCACAACGAUACCAAUGGAAAAAGAACAAGACCUGCAACAAACAGUGCAUCCUGCAGCUGUAGAAGCUGAACAAGUCGUUCUUGAACAAAACGCGACACAAGCUACAGAAAUACAGACUUCAACAGACGUUGAAGAUAUUCAUCCCGAGAAGCCCAUAGAAAGCAAAGUCUCGCCGGCUCAAAUUCCUUUUGAAAGUCUUAUUACUUCUCAAGUAGACAUUAACGAAGUUCCUGGUAUCCUAAAACCACAAAAAACCUCCCCUGAACAAGGAUCAAUCAAUUUUACCAUAUCUGAAAGUAUAACAGCAACUGAAAACAUUGCUCAUGAAAGAGAAGAUACAUAUACUUAUCAGGAUACAGAGACACAGACUGCUUACAAAAAUAUAGAACCAGUUGAAGCCAUUUAUGUGAAAGAGAUAGGAACAAAUGAAAAGGAGAACUAUUUUCAACCAGAAUCAGCCACCGGAAAUAAAAUAAGCCCCGAAUUUUUGACCCAUGAGACCCAUGAGACAUUAGCAGUUACCACGCAGGAUACAUUCCUACCACUUAAAGACGAAUCUGUACCCCAAGGAAAGGCAGAAAAAGUUCCCUCUUUCUACGAACCCCUUGUAGUAGAAGAAAAGAUUAUUCACGAUAAGGAACAUAAACUUGAUGAAAGUAUCGUUGAACAAAAAACUGCCGACUUUUCAUUUUUAAUGAGCGACUCUAUCGAAGUAACUGAUGUUAAAACUGAAUAUAAAGAAAAAAAUUUAGAAACAUUCAAAUUGCCAGAAUCAACACACGCAUUUCCUGAGACAACUCCGCAUAACGUUACCGAAGUAUUUUUGCCAGAAAGCCUGUACUCAUUGGAGCAAAUAAAGCAAACGAAAGUAGAAGAUAUUCGAGGUCAAGUAUCACAAGUUCCUUACGAAGGGGUGAAUGUUUCGGAAUGCACAUUUGAAGAAAAAGAGCAGCAAUUAGACCAAGAAAGACCCUUAGAACAGCAAGGGACAGUUACCUUAUCAGAAAACGUUUACCGAUCAUUACAAACGACUGAAACAGUGACAGAAGCAAGAGAACAAGAUCUUCAAACAAGCCAACCGAAACAAAUGCUCGCAAAGCAAACCCUAUCCGAACUUAUUCCAACACCACAAGCAUCUGAAACUGCACAGUUGGACAGCUAUUUAGAAUUAGCGAUUGAUCAACAGCAACCCCUCAAAGCUCGUCAGAGACAAGAUUAUCAAGAAGGAAUUAUUCAAGAGAAACCAUAUGUCGAUGAAACUUCUGUAAAUCUUGAUGUCCACCCCGUCAACAAAAAUAUCGCAAAUUUAUCAGUUGGUUAUAACACCGAACUGUACACAACAGAAGUAAAUGUCGCCGAGCAAGAAAGUACGGUCGUUAUUACAGGUCAUGCAAAAGAUCAAACAGUUUCGCAAGAUAUUACUGGAAAGAAUGCAGCUCAAACAGAAUAUGUUGUCCCUUUAACGCACACAAGUAUGUUUUUACAAGAACAGCCAACAGAACGAGUGGCAAAAGAAUCAAUUUCUUCUGAACAAUUCGGAUUAUUAGUUACAGAACAAAGGUCAACGGGAGAACUCGAAUCAGUACUACCUGACCAGCACAAACCAGCUAUGCAAACGGUUGUUCUAUCAAUUGAAGACAUUUCAUCGAAUCUUCAAAUCAGUGAAAUUCACUCAAACGAAAGGGAAGGCGAAUCAAGAUUCGAUCAACCCGUAGAGAAACUGUCACCUGACUUAGUCCAGCCGGAGAAAGUGACGGUCAGUUCGGCCAACAAGAAAAAGAAACCGGAGGAACGAAGUAUGAAGACUGAAGAAAUGAUGGAGAAUGAAAAAGUAGGGGCUGAUAUUAUCGAAGACGUAGAAGCUCCGUCCAAAACAAUUAAAAAAAGAAAAACGCCUAAAAAAGCAAUACCGGAAGAAGAAAAACCGAAGGAUGAAACAAAAGACACCGAACAAGAUGUAAAAGCUAAACAAAAAGUAAAAGAAAAAUUAAUACCCAUUAAACUGGAAAUCAAGAAAGUUGAACCACAGAAACUAAUUAUUUCAAAGCCAAUGGAAGAAUCGAUAAACCUAGCUGAAAUUAAAUUAAAGAAACCAAAGCCCGCCAAAAAGAAAGAAAUUACUCCUUCAAAACUACCUAAAUUCCUACUGAAGAGCAGAAUCAAGUUUGUUGACUUCCCACCUCUUUCGGAAUCAGAGGUCAAACCACAAAUAUCUACAUUGGAACCAACCUUUAAGCAAAACGGUAUUCUUUCCCGCAACAUGAAGGAAGCAGCUAAGCUCAAAAAGACUAAACCAAGGAAACUAAAGGAGGGCGAAGACACUUUGAAAGAUUUGGAAAAAAUUGAUAAGGAACUAGAGGAUCUCAAAAAACAGGAAAUGGAAAAAGUCGAUGAGGAUUUGCAUAAAUACGAAAAGAAGCCAAAGCCUAAACCCGAAAAGCCUGCAGAUGAAACCAAACCACUAAUUCUUGGUAAAGGUAAGGUACCACAAGAUCAACAAGAAGAUGAAGAAGUAAAACUGAAACCAAUUCCAAGCAAAACUGAAGAGAAACCGGAAGACGAAGCAACUAAACCAAAAGUUAAAGAUGAACAACCGUCUAAACCUAAAAAGAAGAGAGAUAAAGAGGAGCCCCAGAUACAACCCUUCGAACCGUAUGAUAUAGACAGACCUGAGACAGAAAUGGAAUCCUUGGAUCUUCCCAAACCUGAAGAAGAGGUUGAAGAAAAACCGAAAGAUAAAAAGAUUAAGAAACCAAAAUCCAAAAAAGAGAAACCAUUGCCGGAGACAAUCGAAAUUCCGAUUGAAAAGGGAAAACCCAAACCACCUGCCCCAGAAGAAGAAACUGAUGUCUCUUUUAAGAAAUCACAAAAACCACCUCCGGAAGACCAGCCCACCGAAAUUAAGCUUAAACCAUUCAAAAAACAUGUUCCCGAUCAUGAGGAAGAGGAAAUCGAUAAACCGGAACUCACUCUCGACGAAAUUCCUCACACAGAGGCCAUUCCUUCCGAUACAGAACUAACUGAAGAAACAGAGCGAAAAGUUAUAAAGAAGAAAAAACGGGUUAUAAAAAGGAAGCCAACCGAUAAACCGACUCCAGACGAAGAAAAGUCUAUCGAAGAAACACCUACAGACGAAUUACUAGAAGAAAUUCCAAAACAUGAAACACCUGAUGAACACGGUGAAGAAGAGGAAGAAACGAAACCCGAAGAAAUACCAACAAUUGAGAAACCUACAGAGAGCGAACGAGAAGAAGAAGAAGAAACAACGAUAGACUUAGAAACACCGUCCGAAACCACCAAGAAAAGAAAGAAGGUAGUUAAAAAGAAAAUCCCUAAAGACGACAUUCCGGAAGAUGUAGAACGGGACGUUGCUCUGGAAACGCCUACAAAACCUAAACGGACUGAAAAAGACAAACUGAAACCUAUCAAAUUGGAAAUUACUAAAAUUGAACCUCAGAAGCUAGUUAUUUCGAAACCGACCGAGGAACCCGUUAAUUUAGCUGAAAUUAAAUUAAAGAAACCAAAGCCCACCAAAAAGAAAGAAAUUACUCCUUCAAAACUACCUAAAUUCCUACUGAAGAGCAGAAUCAAGUUUGUUGACUUCCCACCUCUUUCGGAAUCAGAGGUCAAACCACAAAUAUCUACAUUGGAACCAACCUUUAAGCAAAACGGUAUUCUUUCCCGCAACAUGAAGGAAGCAGCUAAGCUCAAAAAGACUAAACCAAGGAAACUAAAGGAGGGCGAAGACACUUUGAAAGAUUUGGAAAAAAUUGAUAAAGAGCUAGAAGAUCUCAAAAAACAGGAAAUGGAAAAAGUCGAUGAAGAAUUACAUAAAUAUGAAAAGAAACCCAAGCCUAAACUCGAAAAGCCUGAAGACGAAACUAAGCCAUUAAUCAUUGGCAAAGGUAAGAUACCACAAGAACAACAAGAAGAUGAAGAAGUGAAACUAAAGCCAAUCCCAAGCAAACCCGAAGAAAAACCGGAAGACGAUGUAACUAAACCAAAAGUUAAAGAUGAGCAACCGUCUCAACCUAAAAAGAAGAGAGAUAAAGAGGAGCCCCAGAUACAACCCUUCGAACCGUAUGAUAUAGACAGACCUGAGACAGAAAUGGAAUCCUUGGAUCUUCCCAAACCUGAAGAAGAGGUUGAAGAAAAACCGAAAGAUAAAAAGAUUAAGAAACCAAAAUCCAAAAAAGAGAAACCAUUGCCGGAGACAAUCGAAAUUCCGAUUGAAAAGGGAAAACCCAAACCACCUGCCCCAGAAGAAGAAACUGAUGUCUCUUUUAAGAAAUCACAAAAACCACCUCCGGAAGACCAGCCCACCGAAAUUAAGCUUAAACCAUUCAAAAAACAUGUUCCCGAUCAUGAGGAAGAGGAAAUCGAUAAACCGGAACUCACUCUCGACGAAAUUCCUCACACAGAGGCCAUUCCUUCCGAUACAGAACUAACUGAAGAAACAGAGCGAAAAGUUAUAAAGAAGAAAAAACGGGUUAUAAAAAGGAAGCCAACCGAUAAACCGACUCCAGACGAAGAAAAGUCUAUCGAAGAAACACCUACAGACGAAUUACUAGAAGAAAUUCCAAAACAUGAAACACCUGAUGAACACGGUGAAGAAGAGGAAGAAACGAAACCCGAAGAAAUACCAACAAUUGAGAAACCUACAGAGAGCGAACGAGAAGAAGAAGAAGAAACAACGAUAGACUUAGAAACACCGUCCGAAACCACCAAGAAAAGAAAGAAGGUAGUUAAAAAGAAAAUCCCUAAAGACGACAUUCCGGAAGAUGUAGAACGGGACGUUGCUCUGGAAACGCCUACAAAACCUAAACGGACUGAAAAAGACAAACUGAAACCUAUCAAAUUGGAAAUUACUAAAAUUGAACCUCAGAAGCUAGUUAUUUCGAAACCGACCGAGGAACCCGUUAAUUUAGCUGAAAUUAAAUUAAAGAAACCAAAGCCCACCAAAAAGAAAGAAAUUACUCCUUCAAAACUACCUAAAUUCCUACUGAAGAGCAGAAUCAAGUUUGUUGACUUCCCACCUCUUUCGGAAUCAGAGGUCAAACCACAAAUAUCUACAUUGGAACCAACCUUUAAGCAAAACGGUAUUCUUUCCCGCAACAUGAAGGAAGCAGCUAAGCUCAAAAAGACUAAACCAAGGAAACUAAAGGAGGGCGAAGACACUUUGAAAGAUUUGGAAAAAAUUGAUAAGGAACUAGAGGAUCUCAAAAAACAGGAAAUGGAAAAAGUCGAUGAGGAUUUGCAUAAAUACGAAAAGAAGCCAAAGCCUAAACCCGAAAAGCCUGCAGAUGAAACCAAACCACUAAUUCUUGGUAAAGGUAAGGUACCACAAGAUCAACAAGAAGAUGAAGAAGUAAAACUGAAACCAAUUCCAAGCAAAACUGAAGAGAAACCGGAAGACGAAGCAACUAAACCAAAAGUUAAAGAUGAACAACCGUCUAAACCUAAAAAGAAGAGAGAUAAAGAGGAGCCCCAGAUACAACCCUUCGAACCGUAUGAUAUAGACAGACCUGAGACAGAAAUGGAAUCCUUGGAUCUUCCCAAACCUGAAGAAGAGGUUGAAGAAAAACCGAAAGAUAAAAAGAUUAAGAAACCAAAAUCCAAAAAAGAGAAACCAUUGCCGGAGACAAUCGAAAUUCCGAUUGAAAAGGGAAAACCCAAACCACCUGCCCCAGAAGAAGAAACUGAUGUCUCUUUUAAGAAAUCACAAAAACCACCUCCGGAAGACCAGCCCACCGAAAUUAAGCUUAAACCAUUCAAAAAACAUGUUCCCGAUCAUGAGGAAGAGGAAAUCGAUAAACCGGAACUCACUCUCGACGAAAUUCCUCACACAGAGGCCAUUCCUUCCGAUACAGAACUAACUGAAGAAACAGAGCGAAAAGUUAUAAAGAAGAAAAAACGGGUUAUAAAAAGGAAGCCAACCGAUAAACCGACUCCAGACGAAGAAAAGUCUAUCGAAGAAACACCUACAGACGAAUUACUAGAAGAAAUUCCAAAACAUGAAACACCUGAUGAACACGGUGAAGAAGAGGAAGAAACGAAACCCGAAGAAAUACCAACAAUUGAGAAACCUACAGAGAGCGAACGAGAAGAAGAAGAAGAAACAACGAUAGACUUAGAAACACCGUCCGAAACCACCAAGAAAAGAAAGAAGGUAGUUAAAAAGAAAAUCCCUAAAGACGACAUUCCGGAAGAUGUAGAACGGGACGUUGCUCUGGAAACGCCUACAAAACCUAAACGGACUGAAAAAGACAAACUAAAACCUAUCAAAUUGGAAAUUACUAAAAUUGAACCUCAGAAACUAGUUAUUUCGAAACCGACCGAGGAACCCGUUAAUUUAGCUGAAAUUAAAUUAAAGAAACCAAAACCCACCAAAAAGAAAGAAAUUGCUCCUUCAAAACUACCUAAAUUCCUACUGAAGAGCAGAAUCACAUACGUUGACUUCCCACCUCUUUCGGAAUCAGAGGUCAAACCACAAAUAUCUGUGUUGGAACCAACUUAUAAGCAAAACGGUAUUCUUUCCCGCAACAUGAAGGAAGCAGCUAAGCUCAAAAAGACUAAACCAAGGAAACUAAAGGAGGGCGAAGACACUUUGAAAGAUUUGGAAAAAAUUGAUAAGGAACUAGAGGAUCUCAAAAAACAGGAAAUGGAAAAAGUCGAUGAGGAUUUGCAUAAAUACGAAAAGAAGCCAAAGCCUAAACCCGAAAAGCCUGCAGAUGAAACCAAACCAAUAAUUCUUGGUAAAGGUAAGAUACCACAAGAACAACAAGAAGAUGAAGAAGUAAAACUAAAGCCAAUUCCAAGCAAAACUGAAGAGAAACCGGAAGACGAAGUAACUAAACCAAAAGUUAAAGAUGAGCAACCGUCUAAACCUAAAAAGAAGAGAGAUAAAGAGGAGCCCCAGAUACAACCCUUCGAACCGUAUGAUAUAGACAGACCUGAGACAGAAAUGGAAUCCUUGGAUCUUCCCAAACCUGAAGAAGAGGUUGAAGAAAAACCGGAAGAUAAAAAGAUUAAGAAACCAAAAUCCAAAAAAGAGAAACCAUUGCCGGAGACAAUCGAAAUUCCGAUUGAAAAGGGAAAACCCAAACCACCUGCCCCAGAAGAAGAAACUGAUGUCUCUUUUAAGAAAUCACAAAAACCACCUCCGGAAGACCAGCCCACCGAAAUUAAGCUUAAACCAUUCAAAAAACAUGUUCCCGAUCAUGAGGAAGAGGAAACCGAUAAACCGGAACUCACUCUCGACGAAAUUCCUCACACAGAGGCCAUUCCUUCCGAUACAGAACUAACUGAAGAAACAGAGCGAAAAGUUAUAAAGAAGAAAAAACGGGUUAUAAAAAGGAAGCCAACCGAUAAACCGACUCCAGACGAAGAAAAGUCUAUCGAAGAAACACCUACUGACGAAUUACGAGAAGAAAUUCCAAAACAUGAAACACCUGAUGAACACGGUGAAGAAGAGGAAGAAACGAAACCCGAAGAAAUACCAACAAUUGAGAAACCUACAGAGAGCGAACGAGAAGAAGAAGAAGAAACAACGAUAGACUUAGAAACACCGUCCGAAACCACCAAGAAAAGAAAGAAGGUAGUUAAAAAGAAAAUCCCUAAAGACGACAUUCCGGAAGAUGUAGAACGGGACGUUGCUCUGGAAACACCUACAAAACCUAAACGGACUGAAAAAGACAAACUGAAACCUAUCAAAUUGGAAAUUACUAAAAUUGAACCUCAGAAGCUAGUUAUUUCGAAACCGACCGAGGAACCCGUUAAUUUAGCUGAAAUUAAAUUGAAGAAACCAAAGCCCACCAAAAAGAAAGAAAUUACUCCUUCAAAACUACCUAAAUUCCUACUGAAGAGCAGAAUCAAGUUUGUUGACUUCCCACCUCUUUCGGAAUCAGAGGUCAAACCACAAAUAUCUACAUUGGAACCAACCUUUAAGCAAAACGGUAUCCUUUCCCGCAACAUGAAGGAAGCAGCUAAGCUCAAAAAGACUAAACCAAGGAAACUAAAGGAGGGCGAAGACACUUUGAAAGAUUUGGAAAAAAUUGAUAAGGAACUAGAGGAUCUCAAAAAACAGGAAAUGGAAAAAGUCGAUGAGGAUUUGCAUAAAUACGAAAAGAAGCCAAAGCCUAAACCCGAAAAGCCUGCAGAUGAAACCAAACCACUAAUUCUUGGUAAAGGUAAGGUACCACAAGAUCAACAAGAAGAUGAAGAAGUAAAACUGAAACCAAUUCCAAGCAAAACUGAAGAGAAACCCGAAGACGAAAUAACUAAACCAAAAGUUAAAGAUGAACAGCCGUCUAAACCUAAAAAGGAGAAAGAUAAAGAGGAACCCGAGAUACAACCCUUCGAACCUUACGAUGUCGACAGACCGGAGACAGAAAUAGAAUCCCUGGAUCUUCCUAAACCUGAAGAAGAAGUUGAAGAAAAACCGAAGGAUAAAAAGAUUAAGAAACCAAAAUCCAAAAACGACAAACCAUUGCCAGAGACAAUUGAAAUUCCGAUUGAAAAGGGAAAACCCAAACCACCUGCCCCAGAAGAAGAAACUGAUGUGUCUUUUAAGAAAUCACAAAAACCACCUCCGGAAGACCAGCCCACCGAAAUUAAGCUUAAACCAUUCAAAAAACAUGUUCCCGAUCAUGAGGAAGAUGAAACCGAUAAACCGGAACUCACUCUCGACGAAAUUCCUCACACAGAGGCCAUUCCUUCCGAUACAGAACUAACUGAAGAAACAGAGCGAAAAGUUAUAAAGAAGAAAAAACGGGUUAUAAAAAGGAAGCCAACCGAUAAACCGACUCCAGACGAAGAAAAGUCUAUCGAAGAAACACCUACAGACGAAUUACCAGAAGAAAUUCCAAAACAUGAAACACCUGAUGAACAUGGUGAAGAAGAGGAAGAAACGAAACCCGAAGAAAUACCAACAAUUGAGAAACCUACAGAGAGCGAACGAGAAGAAGAAGAAGAAACAACGAUAGACUUAGAAACACCGUCCGAAACCACCAAGAAAAGAAAGAAGGUAGUUAAAAAGAAAAUCCCUACAGAAGACAUUCCGGAAGAUGUAGAACGAGACGUUGCCCAGGAGACGCCUGCAAAGCCUAAACGGACUCAAAAGGACAAACUAAAACCUAUCAAAAUGGAAAUUACUAAAAUUGAACCUCAGAAACUAGUUAUUUCGAAACCGAUCGAGGAACCUGUUAAUUUAGCUGAAAUUAAAUUGAAGAAGCCAAAGCCCACCAAACAGAAAGAAAUUACUGCUUCAAAAUUACCUAAAUUCCUAUUGAAAAGCAGAAUCACGUUCGUUGACUUCCCACCUCUUUCGGAAUCAGAGGUCAAACCACAAAUAUCUGCAUUGGAACCAACAUAUAAGCAAAACGGUAUUCUUUCCCGCAACAUAAAAGAAGCAGCUAAGCUUAAAAAGACUAAACCAAGGAAGAUAAAAGAGGACGAAGACACGUUGAAAGAUUUGGAAAAAAUUGAUAAGGAAUUAGAGGAUCUCAAAAAACAGGAAAUGGAAAAAGUCGAUGAGGAUUUGCAUAAAUAUGAAAAGAAACCCAAGUUUAAACCCGAAAAACCUGCAGACGAAGCUAAACCAUUAAUUAUUGGUAAAGGUAAGAUACCACAAGAACGACAAGAAGAUGAAGAAGUAAAACUAAAACCAAUCCCAAGCAAACCCGAAGAAAAACCGGAAGACGAAGAAACUAAACCAAUAGUUAAAGAUGAACAACCGUCUAAACCUUCCAAGAAGAAGGAUAAAGAGGAACCCGAAUUACAACCUUUUGAACCGUACGAUUUUGACAGAUCCGAGACAGAAAUUGAAUCCCCGGAUCUUCCUAAACCUGGAGAGGAACUUGAUGAAAAACCAAUAGUUCAAAAAGCUAAAAGAUCAAAAUCUAAAAAAGAUAAACCAUCUUCAGAGGCACUUGAAAUUCCACUCGGAAAAGAAAAGCCUGCCACCGAAGAAGAAGAUAUUUCGAUAAAGAAAUCUCAGAAACUACUUCCAGAAGAUAAGCCCACUGAAGGCUUAGGAUUAACAGAAAUACAAGACAAGGAGGAAAUACCAGAUAUCAAACGAGAAGAUAUCAUUGAAGUUCCUACCGUUACGGAGGCAAAAGAGUUACCGGUAGAAUUAAAACCUUUAGAACAGGAUACGCUAACUGCUGAUGAAACACCUGUUGAAAUUCUUGUUUUAAAAAAGAAGAAACCCAAGAAGGACAUCACGCCAGAUGAGAAUGAAGUGCAUUUAAUAGCUCCGAAGCUAAAAAUACCUACCGUUGAUGAAACAGCUGAGGAAAUUGCAAUUGAGAUGAAAAUCCCAUUAAAACCAAAAAAGGAAGAAAAUUUACCUGUAGAAGAAAUAUUACAAAGAGAGCAUAUUCCAGCAGUAGAUGAAGAUGCUGAUGAAAUUACCAUUCAGAAGAAAGUCCCCGUGAAAACUCAAGAUGAAGAGGAACCAUUUACAGAAGAAACAAUACCAAAAAAACAAGUUCCAUCCAAAGAUGAAGAAGCUGAUGAAGUUACUAUUCAGAAGAAGGUCGCCGUAAAACCUCAUGAUGCAGAGGAACCCUUUGCAGAGGAAGUAUUACCAAAGAAAACAAUCCCAUCAAAAGAUGAAGAUGCUGAUGAAAUAACUAUUCAGAAGAAAAUUAUAGUAAAAUCUGAAGAUGAAGAACAACCAUUUACAGAAGAAACAAUACCAAAAAAACAAGUUCCAUCCAAAGAUGAAGAUGCUGAUGAAAUUACUAUUCAGAAGAAAAUCAUUAUAAAACCUCAAGACGAAGAAGAGCCAUUUGCAGAAGAAAUUAUGCCAAGAAAACAAAUUCCACCAAAGGAUGAAGAGUCUGAUGAAAUAUUUAUACGAAAAUUAGUUCCACAAAAAUCCGUAACAGAAGAACAAACAGAGGAAGAAGACAAUCUACAUUUACUACCUUCUCCGGUUGAUGACGUACAAGUAACAAUCAAACGUAAACCAUCAAAGCCUCCAACUGUUGAAGAGCAUACCGAUGAAGUAACAAUAAGGAAACUGAGACAAGUCCGCAAAACCUCAAAACCUGACAUACCUGAAUAUACCGACGUUGCAAACGUUACAUUUAGACCUAAAAUUACAAAAACCAAAGAGGAUGUAGAACAAGAAUUCAAAAUUCAAUUGGACGCUUAUGCUGAAGAAGAAGUUUCAAUGUCUGGUAAAAUAAAACUUAAAAAGCAACGCCCUAAAACAUACUCCGAAGAAGCAGGAGAAGGAACUAUAAAAAUAACUAAGGAAAUAGAAGAUGAAGGGCCUACAAUUGAAGAAAUUAUUGACGAACAGGACGAAGAAAAGGUAGUUUCAUCUGAUGAAAAUGAAGAAAGUUUUCAAGUUCCACUCAAACCAAAGAAAGUCACUCCAUAUUCUAUAGAAGAAAAAAGUACAGAAAUUACAAUUAAAAAGAGUAAAAAGCCUCCGUUGCCUGAACAUACUGAUGUCGAAUCAGUAACAAUUAAACCAAAAUCAACACACAUUAGAGAAGACAUUGAACAAGAAUUUAAUAUUCAUUUAGACUCAUACGCAGAAGAAGAAGUAUCUAUGUCAGGGAAAAUUAAAUUGAAGAAACAGCGCCCGUCAACCUACUCAGAAGAAACGGGCGAAUGUUCCAUUAAGAUUAGCCAAGAAAUUGAAAGUGAAGGCCCAGCCAUCGAAGAAAUUAUAGAUGAAGGAAGUGAUGCGGAAGAACUACCGUACGACAACGAUCUAGAAGAAAGUUUCCAUGUACCCUUGAAAAUCAAACGUAAAGAUUCCUAUUCUGUUCAUGAUGAAGUUGAAGAAGAAGUGAAGCUUGAUCUUAGAAAAGCAAUUAAACAACAAAGCUUUGAAGAAGAAUCACUUUCGCUUUCUUUAAAACCAAAAAGAAAACCACCGCAUACAUUUGAACAAGAGGAAGUUUCGUUAAGUAUUACCCAAGAAUCAGAAAAGUAUUUUGAAAGAGAAGAUUCUGUGCCAAGUCCCCUCUACAUCGCUGUUUACUCUUACUCGGCGGAAGCUGACCAAGCUAUGGACUUGGUCGAAGGAGAAAAAAUUUACGUUUUAGAUAAUCAAAAUAAUGACUGGUGGUAUGUCAAGAAAAAUUUAGUUGAAGAGAAAGGUUGGGUUCCUGCUCGUUACUUAAUGACAGAACCCGAAUAUAAAAUAUACCUACAAAGAAGACUGAAUGAAAAAAUAGACAAACUUCCUGUGUUCGAAAAACCGAAGCCUGAAGAAAAAGCUAUGGCUCCAAAAUUCAUUGAAAAACUACAACCUCAACAAGCAAAAGAUGGACAAACUGUUCAAUUCGAAUGUCAAGUGGAAGGCUUUCCAAAACCACAAAUCACAUGGUUCCGACAAACUCAGAUAAUUAAACCUUCACAAGAUUUCCAGAUGUUCUUCGAUGAUGAUAAUGUCGCAACUUUAAUAAUCACGGAGGUAUUUCCAGAAGAUGCAGGAACAUUUACCUGUGUUGCUAAGAAUUCAGCAGGAUUCGCGUCUAGUACAACCGAGUUAGUAGUCGAAGGGCCGUUGUCAGAUCACGGCUCCGAAGGUCCUGGCAUAUCAAGAAAAAGUGCUUCUCGAGAAUCAUCCGUUGCUGACAUAUUGGAAGGAAUCCCACCAACAUUCUUCAAAAAGCCAGGUCCAAUAUGCAUAGACGAAGAAUUCGACGUCGACCUAGAAUGCCGGCUAGUUGCCAUACCAGAACCUGAAAUUUCUUGGACCCUAAAUGGAAAACCAUUAGGGCAAGAACACAACGUUACAAUCGCAACCACAUCAGAAAAACAUAUAUACAGUACAAAGGUGAAAAUGAAGAGCGCAAGAAAAGAACAAGCUGGUAUUCUUCAAGUAACUGCUAAAAACAGAGAAGGAGAAGCACGGUUACCCAUUGUUCUUAAAGUUAAAUCGACUCAAAAUGAAACUCCUUUAAUCUUGCAACCACUUAAGAACGUCACGGUAAAACCUAACGAACCGGUAAAAUUAUCAACCCGUAUCCUUGGAAAUCCUCCACCAACUGUCACAUGGUACAAAAAUAAUGUCCCUAUACAAAAAUCACUUCCUAACAAAAAAGAUGAUGUUUACACAUACGCAAUUAAAUCACCAACUGAAAACGAUUCUGCAGAAUAUACAGCAAAAGCUGUUAAUGUUCUUGGUACUGCAGAAACAAGUUGUACUCUAACUGUGGAAGAAUUCCCAAGCUUAAAGUCUGAACCACCUCUCUUUAUUGAACGAUUCCAAGGUGUCACAGUUCCUGAAAACGGCACCCUCGUUCUUCGGGCACGUGUUAUUGGCAAUCCGGAACCAGAAAUAGUUUGGUUAAGAAAUAACGAAAUUAUCGUUCCAAACACACGAACAAAUGUAUAUUUUGACGGCGAAAAUACUAAAUUGACUAUUAACGACGUCAAUUCGGAAGAAGAUACCGGAAAUUACAAAUGUAUAGCAACUAAUCCUCUUGGGAAAGCUUCGCACGGUGCAAAAAUAAAUGUUGAAGUCGACAAGGUUAAAUUUGUGAGGAAGCUAAAGAAAACUGUAGAAAUUACUGAGCAUGAACCGUUAACCCUUGAAUGCGAAACGUCUCAUACAGUACCAACGAAAUGGUUCCAUAAUGACAACGAACUUAGUGGAAUGGAUCACCGAGUUAUAAUACAAGAAGGAAAGGUUCACAAAUUAAUUAUCAAGAAUGCCACACUGAAAGAUUCUGGCAGUUAUAAGUGCACCGUUAAAUCGGAAAAAACCGAGUCAAAGGUAAUUGUGAAAGAAACGAAACCAGAAUUUCUACGAAAACUUGAGGAUUAUGAAGCUACAGAGAAACAAAUAGCCAUCCUCGAAGUCGAAGUCACUUCUGAAACAGCUGAAGUAAAUUGGUUUAAAGAUGGUACUCCUAUAGAAAAAACAGACACGAAAUACAAAAUAGAAAAAGAUGGUGGAGUACGCAGAUUGCUUAUACGAAGUGCAUCAAUUCACGAUGAAGGCGAAUAUUCAUGUACGCUCACGGAUGAACAGUGUUCAGCAGAACUUACAGUUAUCGAACUGCCUCCUGAAAUUAUCAGCAAGAUGGAAGAUCAGACAGUAAUGGUUAACGAAAAAGUUGCUUUUGAAAUAGAACUAACCAAAGGAGAUGCUCUAGUUAAGUGGUUCAAAGACGGAAAAGAAUUACAAUUCUCUGAACACGUUCAACUUUCCAUCGACGGUAAGCGCCAAAAGCUUAAAAUAUACAACAGUCAACCAGAGGAUCAAGGAGUGUAUUCCUGCGAGGUUGGUAAUCAAAAAUCUUCAGCAAAAUUAACAGUGAUAGAACCAAAAUUAGAAUUUACAAAAACUUUACCACCAAUUACGAGAAGUCCAGAAACGGCUGAUGCCACAUUUGUAGUUGAAGUUUCAAGACCGGAUGCAGAAGUUACGUGGUUAAAGGACGGAGUUAAAAUAGAAGAAUCUCCUCGUCAUACUAUUAUAGUGGACAAGAAUGUGCGAAAAUUGAUUGUCAAAAACGUGACCCCGGCUGACCAAGCCAAAUAUACAUGUACCCUUGGAGAUCUCAAAACAGAAUCAAAACUAAAAGUCGAAGAAAAAGAACCACAAAUUACUAUUGACCAAAAUGAAAAGAUAUACCGCAUCAAGAAAGGCGAAGACGUUACGAUGAAUGUCAAGUUCACUUCCGCGGUCAAACCAACCGACGAAUGGUCAGUAGACAAAAAGGUCAUUAAAAAGUCGAAACGAUUUGAACCAAAGCUCUCUGAGGAUAGUGCUUCCUUAACUAUUAGAAAACUUGAAAUGGUCGACGCAGCAGACUACACGUUACGUCUAAAAAAUAAAACUGGAGAAGCAUCCGCAGACCUUACAUUAGUAGUUAUUGACGUUCCAAGUAAACCAGGAAAACCAGAGCCUAUAGAAACAACCGAUUCAACCGUAACUCUUCACUGGAAAACUCCAGAAAGCGACGGAAACGCUCCAGUAACUAACUACACCGUUUACUAUAAAAACUCAAAGACACCUACCUGGACCAAGAUGGAAGAAAGUGACAGUACAACUAUCAAAAUACCACUAAUUGAGAAAAACGAAAAAUAUGUGUUCAGGGUAACGGCUGCAAAUGAAGUUGGGUCCAGUGAACCAUCAGAUGAAUCAGACGAAAUCCAGCUUGUCGCUACCAUUGUGGAAACAAAGCCAGAAAUCGUCGAACCUCUCCAAAAUAUAACAACAGGGUUAAAACAGAAAAUUGCACUAUCGUGCAUUGUGAGUGGUCUUCCAACGCCCAAAAUUGAAUGGUACAAAAACGGAAAAGUAAUCAAGUCAAAACGCAUCACCCACGAAAAUAACGUCACGACUUAUGUAAUAGAAGAAACGGACGAGGAAACAACAGCAACAUACUCGAUUAGGGCUACAAACAAUGCAGGUUUUGCUGAAUCAAACUGCAAAGUCAAAAUAGAAGAAACUCCAAAAUUGAAAGUUGAAGAAACUGAAAUUACUCAAACUCUAAAGGUUUCCGAAACUUGGAAGGUGGAGGCUAAAUUUAGCGGAUAUCCCAAACCUGAAAUAAACUGGAAGAAAAACAAGACGCAAAUAACAUCGACCAAAUAUUCCGUUGAAGAAUCAUCGACAAUUAUUAAAAUCGCAAAGGUAGAAAGGAAUGACAGCGGAACAUACACGGUUUAUGCAGAAAAUUCGGCAGGUUCUGCUUCCACAGAAGUCAAACUAACGGUUACAGACAAACCCGGACCACCAGAGGGACCACUGACAACAACCGUAAACAAAACGGAAACAGUUACAAUUUCAUGGAAACCCCCGCUUGACGAUGGUGGAGCUGAAAUAUCAAAGUACAUUAUUGAACAAUGUCUCUCUGAUGAUAAGAAAUGGACCAAGAUCGCGGACGUCGAGAAAGACAUUACUUCCUACGAAAUUCAAAAUUUAAACAUCAAUACUGAAUACUCAUUUAGAGUAAUUGCUCAAAACGCCGUAGGAAAAUCUGAACCGCUAGAAGGCAAACCAAUAAUCAUUACCCCAGAAUUUGAAAAACCAUCUCCGCCCAGAGGUCCUUUAGAAGUGUCCGGAAUGACAGCAAACUCCUUCACUAUCAGCUGGAAACCGUCCGAAUCAGACGGUGGUAGUCCAAUUUUGGAAUAUAUUAUAGAAAUGAAGGAAGCAAAGACCACUGAAUUUAAAAAGGUCGGCUCUUCAAAAGGCGACAUCACAAACUUCGCCGUAAAUUACCUUGCCAAAAAUAAAGGUUAUAACUUUAAAAUAACAGCCAGAAACGCUGCAGGAUUAAGCGAACCGUUCAUCCCAGACGAUACAAUUGUCGCUGGUUCCAGAAUAAGAGUCCAAUAUCAUUUUGAAAUAAAUGAUGAUAGUCUAUAUUGCCUUUUGGGUGUUUUCCCGCCAAGCAAACGAAAAUCUCCUACUCCUCCUUCAGCUCCAGAAAAUUUGCAAGUUACGGAAGCAACAAGUCGUUCAGCAACAAUCACAUGGGAGCCUCCACUAAACAAUGGCGGUGCAGAAAUAACUGGCUACAUCAUCGAAAAGAAACUGGAAUAUAUGCCAAAAUGGGAGAAGAUUGCUACCUUAGAAGCAACAACACUGACAUACACGUUUACAAAAUUGAAGGAAAAGAGUGAAUACGUUUUCCGAGUAUUUGCUGAAAAUUCUGUUGGACUAAGCACCCCAGCUACUACUAAGCCUGUUAAACUCCAAACCCAUGCCACUGUACCAUCUCCACCGACGGCUCCAUUAGAAAUACGAGCUAUCGGUCCGAAUGCCUUUGUUGUUGAAUGGGGAAUACCAGAAAGCGACGGCGGUUCUCCUUUGACUGGCUAUAAUAUCGCUAUCAGAGAUACAAAGAAAACAAUGUGGAUGGAAAUUGGACGAGUACCUAAGGGCGUGCAGAAAUUCACAAUUAGAGACCUUCAAGAAGAUCAUGAAUAUCUUGUACGAAUAUUUGCUAGAAACGAAAUUGGUCUCAGUGAUCCACUCGAAUCUGAUGAACCCUUCAAAGUAUUGCCAUCCACCGAACCUGACCAAGAUGAGUUCAAGGAAGUUACAGAACAGCCUACUUCAUACAGUACAGAACCGACGACAUCUUGGCUUAGGGAGCACAACAUGGAUGCUGACAUUCAUUCUUACGCCAAAUUAAAAUUGUUACGCAAAGACGAAUACUUCUUUAAGAUUUGGUGUUACGCUGAUCAAUUAUUUAACUAAUUAAUAUUGAAGACAUUCUCAAUCCUGACUGAAAAAAAAUCUAAUAAUAAUUCUAAGCUGUAAAUAUUUCUUAAAUUUUAUAAUUUAUUACGUACUUACCUAUAUAUUAUAUAGUAUGAAAAUGAAAAAAAUUAUUAAAAAAAGAAUGCGAACUGUAGGAAAUUGUCGUAUAUUUUUGUGAAUUGCGUAGCGACAACUUCAAUUUUCUACAGUUGAUAAUUAAAACGAUGUAUUUAUGAGCGUAAUUGAAUGCUGUGAUAAUGGUUGAUAAUGGUUUGACAAUUUAAUUAUUCGACAUAGGCACUUAUUUAACUUGCCUAAAAAUGGAAUUUCAAUUAAAUCAAUCUUGUUUGUGAAACUAUUACAAUUCUCGAAGUUUAUGAUGUUUGCUUUUGUUUAAAAAAAAUUUGCAAUUUUGGAACUAAUAAAUCUUCAAUAAUUAAGGGAAAAUAUAGGUGCAAUUUAACAUCAAUUUGUAUACGAAGAUUUGUUGAUUUCAAAUUGUACGUGUUAUUCUGCAUAAUAAAAAAAUAAUAAAAAUAUA